UGCUUCAAGAGUGGCAUUUAAGAAUUAAGUAAAGUUUGAUUGUGCCCGUGAGUGGUGGCUCAGCUUCCACAAGUGUCCCUUUAGCCUAGAACUGAAAGGGUGAGAGAGCUACAUGUGUACAUAGGAAGAAGAGUACGAGAAAAAAAGAGUGCACGUUAGAGAGGAAGUAUACAAAGAAUAAAAAUAAAAUAAAAAACAAUGGGAUUGCCACAAGACACCGCCACACCACCUGCCCACCGCAAGACACAACCCACGACGAUGACGACGACGACGUCGACUAGCAGGAGGAGGUCCCAUCGGGUAAUGUGUUUAUCCAUACUGCUCUCCAUGUUGGUGGUCAUAGCCGCCGAAAUGCCCGCUAAGCUGCAGCAGAAUCCCUGCGAAAGUAAGAUCAACUGCCACGAGUGCAUCCAGACCCAGAGCUGUGCCUGGUGCAUGAAGGACGACUAUGGAGAUCGACCGCGCUGCUUCCAGCACAGCUCGCCCCAGAUCUGCCCUGAGGAGUUCGUGUGGAAUCCCGACACUUCUGAGACCAUACUAAUCAACAAAAAUUUGACGUUGGCCAAAAGUGCCGAGGCCUGGGCCGCCGGUCAGUUCGUCUCCGGCGGCUCAUACCAAAGGAGCUACCACCAACAGAGUUCGGCCUCAAGCUCUUCUUCCGCCGCCUACGGUGCACAAUAUGGUGGUGCUGCUGCCGCCAGCGCCGCCGCUGCAGCCGGCGAGAUCGUACAGAUAAAGCCACAGCGUGUUAACUUGAAAUUGCGCAUCAAUCAAAUCCAUAACCUCCAUGUGAGCUAUUCCCAGGCCGAGGACUAUCCCGUCGAUCUCUACUAUUUGAUGGACUUGUCUAAAUCCAUGGAGGACGAUAAGGAAAAGUUGUCCGCCUUGGGCGAUAAAUUGUCGGAGACCAUGAAGCGCAUUACAUCAAAUUUCCGUUUAGGUUUUGGUUCGUUUGUCGAUAAAGUACUCAUGCCCUAUGUGUCCACCAUACCCAAGAAACUCGAACAUCCAUGCGAUAAUUGCAAGGCUCCCUAUGGUUACCGCAAUCACAUGCCACUGAGCAAUAACACCGAUAUAUUUUCUAACGAGGUGAAAGAGGCCGCAGUGUCUGGAAAUUUGGAUGCGCCCGAGGGCGGUUUCGAUGCCAUUAUGCAGGCCAUUGCCUGUCGCCAGCAGGUGGGCUGGCGCGAGCAGGCUCGUCGUCUUCUGGUCUUCUCCACAGAUGCAGGAUUCCAUUAUGCCGGCGAUGGCAAGCUCGGCGGUGUUAUUGCACCGAACGAUGGCGAGUGCCAUCUGAAUAGCCAGGGCAUGUACACCCAUUCGAUUAUACAAGACUAUCCGAGCAUCUCACAGAUCAACCAGAAGGUCAAACAGAAUGCCAUCAACAUCAUCUUUGCGGUUACACAGAGUCAGCACUCAAUUUAUCAGAAGCUUUCCAGCCACAUCGAGGGUUCGUCUAGCGCCAUUCUUUCUAACGAUUCGUCCAAUGUUGUGGACCUAGUUCUUCAGGAAUAUCGUAAAAUAUCUUCCUCGGUCGAAAUGAAGGAUAAUGCCACAGACGAGGUAAAGAUCACAUAUUUCUCGUCCUGCUUGACUGGCGGUGCCGAAAUAAAAACAUCCAAAUGUGGUGGCCUCAAGGUCGGCGACAAAGUUAGCUUCACAGCCCAAAUCCAAGUGACAAAAUGUCCACUAAAUCCGAGAGACUGGAAGCAGGUUAUACAGAUCUAUCCUGUUGGCAUCAACGAGAGCAUGGUUAUCGAUCUGGAAAUGUUGUGCUCUUGUCCCUGCGAGCAUCCAGGCUCAACCGGCUACGAGGAGCACUCGACUAAGUGCAGCAACCACGGCACCUACAUGUGUGGCAUUUGUGAGUGUGACGACCAGCACUUUGGCAACACCUGUGAGUGCUCCAAUUCGGAUGGCCAUCUGAGCAAGGACAAGCCGAGCAGCUGCCGAGCUGACAACACAACACUCCACGACUGUAACGGUUUAGGCACAUGCCUCUGUGGAAAAUGUCUGUGCAAUAAGCGCGACAAUCCCGAGGAGAUAAUAUCUGGCAAAUUCUGCGAAUGCGAGAACUUCAGCUGUGAACGGAACAAGAACGAUCUCUGCUCCAACCACGGUGACUGUGUGUGCGGCCGCUGUAUCUGUCAUUCUGGCUGGGAGGGCAGCUCCUGCAACUGUCUGUCUUCCAAGGACACCUGCUAUCCACCCAACGGCGGUCCGAUCUGCUCAGACCACGGCGUUUGUGAAUGCGGCGUCUGCAAGUGCAAUUCCACCGACGAGGGCCGCUAUUCGGGCAGAUACUGUGAGAAGUGUCCGACUUGCUCGGGCCGUUGUCACGAGCUGAAGGACUGUGUACAGUGCCAGAUGUACCAUACGGGUGUUCUGAAAAACGAAAACGAUUGUGCCACCAAUUGCACCACUUUCACGCCAGUUGGCGUCGAGAAGGUGAAAAUCGACGAGGAGUUGGACGAGCAACUGUGCGUGUUCUUUGAUGAGGACGAUUGCAAGUUUACCUUCAAGUAUGCAGAGGUUGGCGGCAUCCUUAAGGUGCAUGCCCAAGAGCAAACGGAGUGCCCGCCGAAGAUUUUUAUGCUCGGCAUUGUGCUGGGAGUCAUUGCGGCCAUCGUACUCGUGGGUCUGGCCAUUCUGAUGCUGUGGAAGCUGCUCACGACCAUACACGAUCGCCGCGAGUUUGCACGCUUCGAGAAGGAGCGUAUGAACGCCAAGUGGGAUACGGGUGAGAAUCCAAUUUACAAGCAGGCCACGUCCACUUUUAAGAACCCUAUGUAUGCCGGCAAGUAAAUGGAUUGCGCUGAAGCAGCAGCACGAUAUUGUUUAUAGGGAUAAGUGAAAAAGAAAAUUGCCAUCAUCAUUUCUACUGUUUGUGCUUGAUUAGUCAAAAUCAAUUUCAUCAGAUCAGAUCAUACUAGUUUGGAUCGGAUCAGAUCAAGUCGCCGUUGUCUACGCCAUCGCUGUCUAUUUCGUCGAACUUACUCACCAAUACACGCUGAAAAGCAUUUCGCCAGGUGCGCCCUAAAGUUUUCUAGCUUGGCAACUUUCGAGUCACAGUGUUACUAGAUUCGAAGGGUGUCGAGAAAAAAUGAUAUGCUUGAACAAAGUACUGCCAUUGAACCGCGUUCUAAACUAAGUCAGAUUUUAUUUGUAUAGAGAGAUCAUCAUUUAAUAUGUAUAUGCAUAUACAUAUAUAUGUAUUAAUUUAAAAAAAAAAGAAUUUCAAAUGCAUGCUAAUGGUAUAAACAUGCAAAAAUAUUGUGCCUUGAAAAGUAUAUAUACAAACACACAUGUUAACAAAGGGUUGCGCUCGGAAAAUAUCCAUAUAGUAUAUACAUACUUAUGUAUUUGCAACACAGAGGUUCCUCUCUUACGAGCAGGUAGUGCAGUUAUGCUGCUCCUUUUUCGAGCGCACUCUCCAUAUUCUAAAUAUUAAACUUACUUUAUACAAGACAACAAAUGCUUCCAUAUAAGCAGAGCCAAAAACUAACAACGAUUACAACAACAACGCACAACAAUGAGCAAAUGCCAAGUACGAGCAACUUUUACAACAAACACAACAACAACAGCUGCAAUAACAGAGAACAGUACGCCAAAUGUGCCUGUGCCUGUGACUUAUAUACACAUACAUUUGUACCACGACCUUUCUGAAAUGUGUUUUUUAUUAUAAAUAUUCUUAUUAUUUUUUUUUUGUAUUGUAUUGUAGUUUAAAACGUAGUGUAUAUGAUAAUGACCAUAGCGCGUUCUGUGCAGGAAUGUGCUCAGCAACUAAACUUAAGCUCGCACGACCUUUAAUUUUCACUAAACUUAUUUAACUACAAUUUUAAGUUUCGUAUCAUUUAUUAUUUGAUCUAACUUUAUGCUUCAGAAUUAAGCCAAUUAACAUAUAAGCUCCAUGUUUCACAAAUGUUUAAUAAAAAUAGUCCAAAAUUUAUAUU